GAGCCACUUGGCAAGAGUCUCCACAGCAGUUUCAUCACUGAGCACAUCUCGAGGCAACUCAGCAGAUAGAUUAUGCGCUUCCAGACUUUAUUAUUCUUCGCACUGCCCUUCUUGGUCUCUGCCUCGACGAAUGAACAAGUGAUUAUGCCCGCUAUGCCUGAAAAACCCGGCACCUUCCAACCGCUCACCAACUCUCAGCCCACGCUUGCCGAUCUUUUGACCAUCGAGACCUCAGCAUCCAUAUUUUAUUCUUAUGCACGAGAACUCGAGCUAUCCGUGAGGUUCAACAGCGAUGAUAUGAGCACACUUUUGGUGCCCACCAACAAGGCUGUUAUGGCUUUAGCGAGAAAACCUCAUCAAGACCCUGAUCCAGUUGAGCCAAAAAUUGAAAUUUCGGAGCAAGAGUCUGACCAACUGUCGAAGAGAAACGUUGAGCGAUGGGUCUCUGCGCAUAUCAUCCCAAAAUCACCUAUUUCAUUCUCGAGCGAAGCCAAAGCAUAUGAGACUCUUUUAGAGGGAAAGUCGGUCACAUUCAAGGCUAUGUCUGAUGAAUCUGGAGAGCCGGAAUGGACGCAGGUCGACCUCGAAGACGGAACACGAAUCAUUGGUAUGAGGAAGGCUAAGAACGGUGUGAUGUACAUCAUCGACAGUACUGUGAAAUUUUGACAGUGUGGGCCAGCGUAGCUUUUUCUUUGCGUGUAUGAGUUAGUGUAUCGUGUGUUUUAAUUGUGUACUAAUAGUAGACGAAAUAACGUUGUUUUCUCGCAUAUGAAACACUACUACUUGCAAUG